UAGUUUUCACUUUGUAGCUGUAAUGUUGUUUUUGAUGUCUCGCGCAUAUUGACAAUUACUAUAGUUUCACAAUGGUAAUUGUAACAAUUAAUCAAGGUGAUCUAAAAGGAGUAUUGUGUAAAAGUGGCAAUGUAGAAUAUUGUGCAUUCAAAGGUAUUCCUUACGCACAGCCACCGAUUGGGGCAUUACGAUUCAAGGCACCAGAGCCGCCGCAACCUUGGACUGGGAUACGAGAUGCAUCGCAACACGGAGCUGUCUGUCCGCAGUACAACGAGCGUUUGGACCGCAUCGAGGCCGGCAGCGAAGACUGUCUCUACAUUAAUGUAUACUCUAAAUCACUGACACCUCUUCAGCCGCUACCAGUUCUCGUUUGGAUCCACGGCGGAGGAUUCUAUACGGGCUCCGGUAACUCUGAUUUUUACGGACCGGAAUUUUUCAUGGAGCACGAUGUUGUUCUUGUCACCUUUAACUAUAGACUAGAAGUUCUUGGCUUCCUCUGUCUCGAUAACGAAGAUGUUCCUGGAAAUGCCGGCUUGAAGGACCAAGUGAUGGCUUUAAAAUGGGUCAAAAAUAAUAUAUCCGCUUUCGGAGGGGACCCUGGUAACGUCACAAUUUUCGGAUGCAGCGCCGGUGCGGCUUCCACAAGUUAUCAUUUGACAUCUAAAAUGAGUGAAGGUUUAUUUAAUAAGGCUAUAUGUCAGAGCGGUGUAUGUUUGAAUGAAUGGAGUUACAAUUUAUACGCCAAAAAGCGUGCAUUCCAACUUGGAAAGUUAUUGGGCAAAGAAACCGAAGAUGAGUUGGAACUAUUAGAUUUUUUAAGACAGCUACCAGCAUCCUCACUUGUUAAUAUUAAAUUACCCGCUCUAGAUGUUGAACACAGGGAUAUGGCAGAUAGUAUAUACUUCGGACCUGUGAUAGAAAAAUCUAAUUUAAAAAUAGAGAAAUUUAUAACAGAACCACCUUAUGAAUCAAUGAAAGGUGGAAGAGUUGCCGAUGUGCCAAUUAUAGUGGGAUAUACAACGGCCGAGGGCAUUGAAACCGCAAGAAAAAUUAAUCACUUACUAAUUUAUCUGUCAAAAAUAGGCUCUAUUGUACCAAGAGAAAUCAAACUUAAAGUAAAUGCAGACGUACUUAAAUGCAUAGAUUUGAAAAUACGUGACAAAUAUUUCAAUGGCAAGACAAUAACAAAUAACAUGUUGCAAGAAUUAACAGAUCUUCACACUUAUAGUUUAUUUACUUAUAAUAUUUAUAGAUAUGCAACGUAUUGUGCAAAAAAUAAUUCAAGUCCAGUAUAUUUGUACAAAUUUGCUGCGGAAACAGAAAGGAACUUUGCAAAAGGCAAUUAUAAGAUGGAUCACUUGAAUGGUGUUUGCCAUGCAGAUGAAUUACCGUAUUUAUUCAAUGUUACCUGCCUUAAUAUUCCAUUAACUGAUAAUUCUAUACCUAUAAUAAAAGAAAUGGUUGGUUUAUGGACUUCUUUUGCUCGAACCGGGAAUCCCACGGAAUCGAGAAAUAUAACAUGGAAACCAUAUACUGGUAAAACAAAGAACUGUUAUGUCAUCAGUAAAACAUGUGUUUGCAGUGAAAACCCAGAUUCAGACCAUAUUGACUUCUGGGAAGAAAUAUACGCGAAUGUGUUUGACGGAGACACUAAAUGCAAUAUUUAAUUUUAAUUGACAUAAAAUAAAAAGUUAUUAAUUUAAUAGUUAAAUAGUACAAUUAAUUGAAAAGUCGCCCGACUAUUAAUCUUGAUGUAUUAAUAUUAACGAUUAUUUACAGCAUUUACCAAAUACAUUAAAAUUCAAUAAAUAUUUUUGUUUUCAAAUCUUUUCAUUUU